AUGUCCGACUCUUCCAAACUUCGAAUCGCUAUCAUUGGAGGUGGUAUUGCUGGCCUUGCAGCGGCAAUUGCACUUCAGAAGCAUAAUGGAAUUGAUGUGCAGUUGUAUGAACGAGCGACGGAGAUCCGUGAGAUAGGUGCCAGUAUUGCUCUAGGACCAAAUGGAAUGCGAACGCUGGAGAAGUUGGGCGUCGAUGAAGCUCUUAGUAGGGACAUUGCCUUUCCCAAUGUAUCCGGGCACCCUAUGAUAUACAGACACUGGGCGACCAACGAGAUUGUCUCCGUCGACAAUCAUCAUGGUCAUGUGGAAGAACGACAUCGUACGAGCCGUUUCUAUCGACCACAUCUACAACAAGCAUUACUAUCGCAUGUUGAACCUCGUCGCGUUCAUCUUCAGAAGACCUUCUCGGCGGUAGAGAUUGACUCCGUUACCAACACGUUGUCUGUGUCAUUCGCCGAUGGUUCUGUCGUCGAAGCAGAUGUUCUCCUUGGUGCCGACGGAAUCAAAUCAGCUGUUCGACGCCACUUUGUGCCGACUUCAGCUCCUAGAUGGACUGGAUGGGUGGCUUUUCGAUCCGUCUUCGAUGCGAGCCUCGUAGAGCACAUCCCCAGCGUGCUCGACGAAGCAAGUCAUUGGUGGGGAYCAGAUCGCACCUUUUUCGCUUCGAGGUUGGGUAAGAAUGUAUUCACGAUUGUCGGUGGCAACCAAAGCGACCCUGAUGCGCCUGAUGCACCUUUUAAAGACUCCGUCUGGAACACGGACGAUAAUGUGGAGAGUGUAAAGGACAUGUACGCGGACUGGCACCCUGUGAUUAGGCAAUUGUUGGACGUUACACCCAGCAUUCGACAUUACCCAAAUACUUUCGCUUCGGGUUUGGAGUCGUGGGUGCAUGGGAAUGGACGAGUCACGUUUGCAGGAGAUGCGGCACAUGCGCAUGGCGGGGCGUUUGCGGCUGGGGGAUCAUUGGCUUUGGACGAUGCGUAUGCUUUUGCAAUGGCGAUGUUGCACGUCUACCCUCCAGGAUCGCAGAAACCGGAUCAAGACCAGAUUAUCAGAGGUUUGAAAUUGUAUGAGAGUACCAGGAAACCGCAUACAGAUCGCGUUUUGUCAACGGUUCAUGCGAAGAAUGAACAAGCUAUUAAGAGAGUUGGGAAAGUAGAGACGGAUGAGCAACUCAGGAGGAGGAUGCUUGCGAGAGAAGAUCUUUACUGGGUUCAUGAACAUGAUGUCGAUGCUACGUUUGCGGACGUUUUGGCGCAAGAAAAGGUCGAACUUCAAUCACGGCUUCAAUCUUCUAUUCUACCGGACCAGCGACAAGCUCCGCAAUCCGUCUGUGCAUAA